UUUACAUCUAACAACAGUCACAGCAACAGGACUUUCUAUCAAUUCGAGAAAUGACUCCUGAUUUCGACGAUAUACCUCUCCCUGAAGGCUGGGUUGAGGAGUUCCAUGAAUCAGGCCAUCCUUACUACGUUGACACACUUGCAAACCCCCCACGCUCAAUAUGGAUCCAUCCAUAUGAGGAUGAAGUGUAUCUCCGCCAGCAUCCUGAAGAUCAAGGCAAACUCCAAGCGUGGAUGGCUGCUGAUAGUAAAUCUCGUUCGCCUUCGCCUUUGCCAGAUGGGAGAUCCCCGUUGUAUACUGAGGAUGUCAAGGUGGCUCCAGUCCUGGGUGACGAGAGGAGGAGUAGUCGAGAAUACUACGGCCGUCGUGGUCCUGUGGAUGAGUAUGCUCCUGGGAUGAGUACCGGAUCGCAUAUGGGAGACAGAGGGUUACUUGGAGGUGGAAGAGGUCUAGGAGGGCUGGGCGGAGAUGGAAGAGGCUUCGGAGGAGGAGGUUUAGGAGGUAGAAGAGGCUUGAUAGGAGGUUUACUUGGAGCCCUCACUGAACGCACUGAGAUGGCUCAAGAAAGUCGAGGUGCCUAUUACGAACCAAGAUUCGGAAUGGGAGGAGGACUCGGAGGGCCAGGCAUGAUGAUGGGUGGAAGAGGGUUUGGAAUGCCCAUGGAUAGACGUACAGAAAGAUUCAUGGUAAAUUGCCUUUCUGCAUGUGAAACGUUAUCAGUAGACUAACAAAAUCAUUGUAGCGCCGAGAGGACAAAUACGAAC